AUGUCGCAAGGACCUAAUUCUGAAAUCUUCGACAGUCUACCGUACUAUGACGAUGACCUACAAAAGUACCCAAAUCUGAAAUCUAAAGUCGACCAAGAAUUGGCGCGCGAAUUGAAAGCUUUGAAUCCAACCGCGGCGCUCCAUCCACGCGUUCCCCCGCCUGUAGAACUAUUUGCUGAUAGACCGCUGUUGAAAGCAGAGUUGGAUCGAGUCAAGGCCAGCCAGCCAUUCCCAUCGCUCGACACAUUGCGCUACCAACUACCUGCGCCAACAUCCACACCGGCAACGGAUGAGGAGUGGAAGGCAGCUCUUGAUAAUGCCCGUGCUCAAUUGCAACACCAGCGGAUACGGCAGACAAAUGGGACGCUCCUUCAGACGUACGGAGCGAACGCCUGGAGAAUUCAGAAUUACCUCCUCGAGUCCACGGUGAAGCAGGUUGAGAGCUUAGCCGAAGAGUUGAAGCAGAAGACGGUAGAGGUGAACAGGGAAAGAAAGAACGACCAGGAACGUCUCGGCAAGCAGUUAACCUCAUUGGAAACACGUUGGACGGAGCUGAUUUCAAACAUCCUGCAAAUCGAAAUGGCCAACAUCGCGCUGGACGCAGAGAUUGACCGAUUGAAUCAAAAGGAAGCCGAGCUGGCGCAGCAAAUAUAG